GGGGUCGUGACCAGUGGUCACAGCGGUCCUUAAUCUAAAGAUGGCGGCUUCGGCAGUGAGGGGCGCUAUGGCUCUGCGUACGAGUGCUAGCCGGCCGGUAGCUUUCGUCAGAAAAAUUCCCUGGACCGCAGCCUCGAGUGAGCUGAGAGAACACUUUGGACAGUUUGGCCAUAUACGCAAGUGCAUUAUACCUUUUGACAAAGAGACUGGUUUUCAUAGAGGUAUGGGCUGGAUUCAGUUUUCUUCAGAAGAAGAACUUCAGAAUGCACUACAGCAAGAAAAUCAUAUUAUUGAUGGAGUGAAGCUCCACAUUCAAGCUCAAAGACCAAAAAAUUUGCAAGGGGAUCAAACAUCUGAUGAAGAAAAAGAUUUUUGAGACUAUCACUACCUAUUAAAUAAAGUAAACAACAUUGAAAA